CUCCCCUACAGAUUCGGAUGGUGAAAGGACCAUAGCCGACUAACCAACAAGGGAAAGAAAAAUAAAACAGAUUCAGCCACCUUCAUUUCGCCAGGUCAGAACUUAGAGACGCGUGUAACCAAAGAAUAUCCACUGUCGGACACUUUUGGAAUACAGUACAGAGACUCGUACACUUGCAAGUGAAUUCAUUUUUGUGUGGAGACGUGUUGAAGGCCGCCAUUUUUGUUACUGCCUUUCAAGUCUGUCGGGAGUCAAGAAAGGGAGAAGAACUCUAGAUUUAAUUUCUUGCUGUAAAAUAUUUCAAAUUUAUUUUCGAUGGAAGUUCUGAGAGUAGAUCAUAUUGUAUCGACAUGACGACAGGUUUAUUGACAUAAAAUGGCGACCUCUCCUGUAGCGUGAACUGACAGUGCCUGGAGUCGGCUAGCUAUCGUUACAUUGUUUCAUAAGCUAGCUAGCUACUUUCUCGGAAUAGGGGACGGAAAGAGGAACUUUAAUUUGCUAAUUGUAACAUUUAGCUAACCAUCUGACUUGCACUUUUAUUGUGUGCUUUCGUGCUAAAGAGAUUGUAAAGCCUGUAGCUAGGUCGUUUAUUGAUGAAAACAUAUAAUGCAUCAUAGUUGGUACAUGCUAGUUGCAGCCUGUGUCUGAAACGUCAGGUUGCGUUGCAGUCGCCACUUGGAUAAAACGUUAGCUUAAGUUGUUGUCUGGAUAUUUUUGUCAGUAUCUAGCUAACACUAGUUACCCAAACCUGCAACAUUUUUUGAUUUUGUUGCAUUAUUAAUUUAUUGUUCAUUAACAGAUAGUUUGUAAUAUUUUAUUUUACCUCGUAUAGUUUAUUUAUUUCAAGUUAAACAUGUCAUCUGCACGGUUCGAUUCAUCCGAUCGGGCCAGUUGGUAUUUCGGACCGGUAUCGAGACAGGAGGCUCAAAAUAGGUUACAGGGACAGAGACAUGGGAUGUUUCUAGUACGGGAUUCAGCGACUUGCCCCGGUGAUUAUGUAUUAUCGGUGUCUGAAAAUACCAAAGUGUCUCAUUAUAUCAUCAACUCUUUGCCGAGUAAGAGAUUUAAGAUCGGCGACCAGGAGUUUGAGCAUCUACCCGCGCUUUUGGAGUUCUACAAAAUUCAUUACUUGGACACAACUACCUUGAUAGAACCUGCCCCCAGGUAUCCCAACAGUAGCGGCCCCAUCCCCACCGGAGGGCAGGACGAGAACCAGGAGUAUGUGCGGACUCUGUACGACUUCACAGGUAGCGAUGCAGAGGACCUUCCUUUCAAGAAGGGGGAAAUCUUGAUCAUCCUGGACAAACCUGAAGAGCAGUGGUGGAGCGCUAAGAACAAGGAGGGGCGUGUAGGCAUGAUCCCCGUACCCUAUGUGGAAAAGCUGGUGCGGCCCUCUCCUCACCCCGGUCAGUCAACUGUCGGCGGACGCAACUCGAACAGCUACGGCAUCCCUGAGCCAGCUCACGCCUACGCCCAGCCUCAGACGCCAUCGCCGCUGCCCCCUGGCACGACUGGCGCGGUCAUCAACCCGCUGCAUUCAGUGCAGAAUGGCCCAGUCAUGGCUAAGGCCAUCCAGAAACGGGUGCCCUGUGCUUAUGACAAGACUGCUUUAGCACUGGAGGUGGGUGACAUUGUGAAAGUGACACGGAUGAACAUAAGCGGUCAGUGGGAAGGAGAGGUGAAUGGACGAAGAGGUCUGUUUCCCUUCACCCAUGUCAAAAUAAUGGACCCCCAGAACCCUGACGAAAGUGAAUGACCUGGGCCUUGCUUUGUCACCACUCUUUAUCAACCUGCUGGCUGCCCCACUUUAUCACAUUUGGUGUUGUGCUUGCCUGCCUGGGGAUUUUCACAGCAGCAGCAGCAGCAGCGCCUCUCAAGCAAAACCAUUGCGCAGCUUCUGACUGUUUAAAGCUCCAAAAUGAAACAGCUCCUAAUCCCCUGCCCGGUUACAGGCGAGUCAGUGGUUUUUUUUUUUGUCUGCCCUUAGUGUCCUCUUAUGUCCAUGCCAUUGGCCAUCUGCCCCUGUGCCAAGCUGAGGUGUGAGUCCUGUGGCUCCGUCUCUGAGUUGCCUAGUCUUUCUUGUGCCACCCCUCAAUUACUUUGCCUCUUUCAAGCUAUCUGUCACUGUGUGCAAGCCAAACCUCUCUGGUUAGUAAAACAGAAAGGGAAUAGAAAUCCACAGAGAUUGCAAGCUGAUUAUAGAUACGGUUUGCCAACCCCUUACCUCUGUGGGCCAAAUCAUAUUUUUUUGCGCUUUCUUUCUAAUCUUUCUUUCUCUCUCUCUCUCUCUCUCUCUCUCUCUCUCUAUUGCGCUUUCUCGCUCUCACUCACUCUCAUGCCCUUUGUCUGUGCUCUUCAUGUCUAACCAUAGUGAAACUGCUUGUGUGUGAGUGUGAGGUACAGGACUCUGACUGGAAAUCAGCAUGAGACUUUGGCAGCUGCUGUGAGAGCACAGCACAUUGUAAGGAGCCUUAUGGAAUAUUAUUCUCGCGUCACUCACAGAUUUGUACACUAGAAGCAGCCUAGCUACUGAGAUCAAAGUUAUUUGACAGCAAGUAGAAUACGAGGACUGAAAGUCCGCAGUGAGUCUGUCUGUCUUUUUUUUUUUUUUUUUUUCUCCUCGGGUUCAUACGCCAUUAACAUCAAUUGCGAUGUGACUGGAUUGUUUUUGUCUCUGAAGAAUUGACCCUUGAUGAUCUUAACUAAGGUGACACUUGAACCCUGUUGAGAUUGUUGUGAGGAAUAAACAGAAAAAAGAACUCCAUUCAUGACUUUUGGUACAGACUGCAAUAUUCGCACAAGCAGUCAUGAGGUAAUUCAUACAACUCUGGAUUCAGUGUCUAACUAAGCACGUUUUUCUGCCUUGCCUCUUUGUCCGUUGUCUGAGAACUGUGGAUGACUUGAUUUGUCAUUAGCUGAUAUAGUACAGUACAGUGCCAUAUCUCUGCUAAACAGAUUACCAAGAGUGAUCCCUUUUGCCCUGAGCUUUCUAUUCUGUAGAGCAAGAACAUCAUUAUUCUUGUUUUUUUUUCCAAAUGUAACUUUUUUUUUUCCCCCUUUUUUGUAGCCAGCUGUUGAAUCAAGCAUUCACUGUGUGUUGAAAUAAACUGUUGUAAAAACUUUGACCUAAGGUGACUUUCUUAAAAAACAAAACUAAAAAAAAAAGGAAAAAGGGAUACAAUACCUGCUGGUGGCCUCUGCAUGAAUUUUUGGACUUAAGGUUUUUUUCCUCUAGGUUCAAUGCUGCUUUCUGUCACAUCUUACUUCUCCUCUAGACCUGUAUUUGAAUUGGUUUACCAGUUACAUCAGUGAAAAUGAAUUCACAUGCAAGUUUUUGGUUUUCCACCCAACAUCAAUUUAGGCUAAACUUUCUUAUUAAGCAAUACACCGAUCCAUAUAAUCUUUUAAAAGUGCUCAGAUAAUUUAAGUUUUUCAAAACUGCUUCAGUUUUUUUUUUAAUGGCAUUAACAGUAUUACUUUGCUAUUGUUUUACUUUAGAAAGCAUCUACGUGGUCUUAGGUGAGAAUGAAAAAUUGUGCCUUUUUAUUUUCUUAUACCAUUUACAUGUGUUAAAUUUUCAUGGUUAACCCCCUUGCUGGUAUGACCCCUUAUGUACAUAACA